AUGGCGGAUAAAAUAGUCCGUGUUUGUAUUCGUGUUGGUAUUGGAGGAUUAUUUGUGAUUAAUGCUUCUGGGGAGUUAUUUCCCCAUCAGGCUUGUAAGCAAGUUAACGCUCUAAAAGAUGAAAAUGGUAUUCUCGUAGAAGUUCCUGAGACAUGCCGCGAACAGUUUAAAGAAGUAGCCCUGAAACUAGGUUUGAAGAACAGUGCACAGAAAGUGACCUUAUUUGUGAAUGAAGGUUUUCAUGCUCUGUCUGCCGGUUCGACAUGGUUUCCCGCGGGAGCAGUGAUAGGUUUGCCCAGGUGGUAUUUGUAUCAAACUGAAGAAGAUGUUGAAACUUCCGGUCUGAAAUUCCAAGGAAGAAAUAUCCAGUGGGAUUCAAAACUAGGAGAAACUGUGAAAUUUUGUUAUGUUCCAACGAAAGAUAUGAUCGGUUUCACCAUUGGCCACGAACUAGCUCACAUCCAACGCUUAGAAUUCAAAAUGUUUGAUAUUUUUGCCUCGCCUUUCUGGUUGUUUCUGACAUAUAAAAUGAUCCGUUUUGUCCAUUAUAGAACUUUUAAAAAGCAAGCCAUGUGGAACUUACUUCUUAAUCUAACCGUUUGUGGAGUCAACUACUUUGCUUACAGACUUGUGAAUCGAAAGGUACAACACUUUAGUGAAUUCAAUGCAGACAAAAUUUCUGCUGAGUGUACUCCGCAGAUAGCUAAAGGUGGAGUAGACUUUUUCACAAGAAGACUGAAACUAAAUCUUGUCCAGCGACUUUUGCUUGGAGAAGAAGGUGAAGACUUUUUUACAGAAGAGGGUAAUGAAGUGAAAUCCUACACACAUCCACGGUUGACUGACAGACUGGAUCAAGUAAAAUUCAUCCUUAGUAGUUCUGACUUCCAACUGGACUCGCGUUAGGUAAGAAGAUAGGCGGGUUGAUAGUUACAUAUUACACUCAAUGCUGACGUUUACUUUUGAUAAUGAUUUUGUGCCAUUGGGACAGUAAAUAAAAGGUUAAUUUAAAGGUGGGUGAAAAGGUGAGGGUUUAGAAUUUGAUGAGGGGUGUCCCAUUUAAAAAGACAUUUACUAACUACCCUCCCAGCCAGUGUCCAGAAACAGGUUUGAGAAGGAAACUGCAGAUAACAGUUGAUAUUUCCAUAAGGUGUCAUGUAAUCUGAACUUGCAUGUAGUAAAAGACAAUACAUUGCGAACAUUACAUCUGUUGCUCUACUGUAAAAAAAGGAACACAAAAAUUUCUGCUGAACGAAGUUUAACACAAGUUUUAAAAGUUUGGAAGUCCUAGUAGCACCUUGCCACCAAAAUUUGCACAGAGGCAAGAUACCCUACAUCACCUCAGAUGGAGCUAAGGAAAAGCUAAGCAUGCUUUUUUAUCAGUCAAGCCAGAGUUCUUUCUUAACUGCACCUUCAGAAUUGCCUGUUGUUGCUUUCUAAAGCAAUUUAAUCUCUAUUCCAGUGGCUGAAAUUAGCCAGUAACUGGCUCUUAGUUAUAGCCUCCAGCCCACACAGAUGGUCUCGGGGCUUUACCACAUGUAAAUGAAAAUAAUUAUUAUUUUUAUUAAAAUUGAGUUAAUUUUGAGGUGACACCUUGUUAGUUUGGAAGUUUAAUAUGCACUGUCUACAAAAGGUUUGAUUAGUUAAAGCCAUAUUAUAACUAUUAGCAUAUAGAAAAAAUGGUGGCUGUCAAAUUAUGUCUAAUGUGAUUCACUGAAGAGUGGAAGAAAUCCCAUGUAUGUGGAGAAUUUUUUGCAUUAAUUGCUGUGGGGUCUAUGGGAAACAUUUGAUAUCCUUUUCUAUUAGCUAAUAAUUGGCGUCUAAUCAUGCUCAGCUGGCACGUCAAUCACAAACACAGCUGUGUGUUGAUAAGAAAUUACCUACCUGGUAAAUAAGACAUGCUUAGGGGUUGGUUGCGCAUUCUCUUGAGGAGACAUAAGCAGAGAAAGGCCACAAGGCUGUCAGGGGCACCCAACGUCAAUUUUCGGAAAAUAUCUGUUUGGAAGGCGAUUUGAGAUGUAGAAUUUUCGCAACAUUUUUUGUAAAAUUUCUUGCUUGCCUACCUCUCCUAGGAUUUUCAAACAUCUGAAAAAUGGUAUAAUUGCUCAUUUUUACAGUCAAACCAGGUCAAGCGUUCCCGUCGCUAACAAACUAAUGAAUUCAUUAAUAGAAAAAUGAUUUCGUUUGUUGAUUCAAUAAUCCAUUCAUAAAAUGAAUAAUCCAACGGUCAAAUUGUACCUCGAUUCAAUAAUCAAAUGUUGAUUUGGUUUAUGAACAAAAUCUACCUGUUCUUUAUUCUUGUCUGUUGUGUUCAAUCGUAUUUGUUUCCCUUUUCCUGCCGUUUACGAUUGCGUUUUUCAUUGCCUUUAAUCAAAAUAACAGCUAGAAUAGACAGACCGCAAACGCAAAGAAACUGACAAAGGCCGAGAAUCGAAAUCCACCAAUCACCGCACAUACACUGACCUCAGUUUGACCGUCGUGUUUUCUAAGAGGUCAGGCCUAGGUCUGUUGCACUGAUUAUUGGCAGCAAACUGGCGUACAUGUAACAGUUUGUUUGGGUUUGAACUUCAGAACUCGCCAGUACUCGACUCUCAGAAAAAAAAGAGGAAAAAACAAAAUUCUGAGGUCAACUUGUGGAAAGUGUAAUUUUUCAAAAAACAGUAAUCGAAUCAACAUUCGAUUAUGGAAUCGAGGCUAAAUAUGACUUUUGGAUUGUUUAUUUUAUGAAUGGAUUAUUGAAUCAACAAACGAAAUCAUUUUUCCGUGAAUGAAUUCAUUAGUUCGUUAGCGACGGGAACGCUUGACCUGGUUUGACUGUAACGGAUUUUUACCCCAAGAAGGUCACCUAGAAUUUGCGGGAGCCUUUUUUCUGGCUGAAAAGUUUUGAAAAGGUAAGUUUUGAUCCCUAUAAUUUUCUGAUCACUAGACUUUCAGCUAGGAAAUCCGAACUGAUGAAAAAUUUUUAGGGGAUAAAAAUAUGCCUAUAUCUACCGUUUAAAUACUAAAAUACGUUUAACAAUGCUAUGUUUAAGUGGUUUUAAACUAUACUCUCGUAGGGUCCCCCUGGGCUGUGUGCUUUAACUUUAUCGAAUUUGCCACAGUGACGGGAUGAAACAGGACUUACAUCGCAAUUGCUUUUGAAAGGGUAUACCACACCUCCAUGGUCUAUGCCCACUACUCUUUCCAAACAGCAGUGUGGGCUCUAUACACUUUUACCUUUGGCUUUGACAUGUAAAAAAACAGAUGUAAACUCAAGUUACCUGUGUUAUUGUAUCUAAUUUUCUAUUUCUUUUAUUGCUCUUUCUUAACUGCAAAAUAUUGGUCAGUCAAGGUAUUCAUCUCAAAUAUAACCUGCGUAGCAAGUGUUUCCAAAUCGAGUUAUUGCGUGAAAGUUAGAGUGGAAGCAAAAAAUUUUUUUUUUGCUCUUGUCCAAGCUUUCUAGACGAACCUCGCGAGGAAACGCUUGCUACGCAGGCUAUCUCAAAUAAAAAUUUACAAUAUUCGUGACGUUGUUAAGACUGUCAAGGGAAGUCCCCAAUAGGUGUUAUUAAAAACCAUUUAAACAUGGAAUUUAUAAUCAACCAAUCAAAAUCACUAUUCACCUCCUAAGCGAGGCAGAAGCUAAUUUCUUGGGUUUUUAAAAAAUAGAGACAGGUGCAUAUUUCGCUAAAGACGAUUUUUUUUACACCCUUAUCAACAGGAAAUGAAAUGGAAAAAAUGGAUUGAUAAUAACGAACAGAAAUAUAAUUUAUCAUAAAAUGCCAAUAAUUUAUUCCAUGGUUAGAAUUGCGCUACAUUUAAAGUGAACACAUUCAAAGAGUUUAAGCUUUUACAAUCUAAAAUACAUUUUGCCAAGUCGACCAACCUCAGGAGAAAGCUAUUUUCCUUUUAAGGCUCUUUUAAUAUCACUCUUAAAGAAAGCGUAUGCCAAAGGGUUUAUUGCAGAGUUCAGAACUAUCAUAGGUAUUUUGUACGCAAAGUCGUCACUUUUACACGAAAAGUGUAGUUGAGUUGUAUGGUUUCCUAAAACUUUAAUUUGAAGAAAGCUACAUCGCAAGUAAGUUGCGAAACAAGCUAGAGCGAAGCCUACCACAACGGCUAACAUUACAACUGCUGAUUUGUCAUAUGCGUUGAAUGUCAAACCUCGGUGGUUGAAACGUAACUGUUUUGCUAAGAUGGCUGAUGAUCGAGUUUGCUUGUAUACAACUGUUAACAUGGAAAUAAAACAGAAGCUUAACAUGCAGAUGAAGAAAAACUCGAGGAUCGCAAACUGUACGGCUAAGAGCAUCGAACAUAUCGAAAAUGUUAAAUAUAAAGUCAUGAAAAGAGACCAAAUUGCAAGACCAAGAGGAAUCACCCAAGAAAUAAAUGUUAGUUGAGUUAUUCGUCGCGCAGUCAUGAAGGUGACGUAUUUCAGUGGCUUUACAAUAGCCAUAUAUCGAUCUAGUACCAGGCUGCACAGGUUCAUUAUAGAGGCGUACUGAAAGAGCCACCUUAUAAAAUCCAUCCAGGACGCAUAGGGUCGAGGCCAGUUGCAGCCACCUCUAAUUUCACAGAAGAACAGUGAAGGAACAACGAAAGCCCCAACACAGAAAUCCGCCACCGCAAGCGAAACGAUGAGUGCGUUGGUUUUGGUGCGAAGCCGACGCCGAAUGCCCACAAGAAGUACGGUGAAACCAUUUCCAGCUACCGUCAGAAGGGACAGAAUCCAGCCAAGAAUCCAAAACCAAGUUUCCAUUUUAUAACGGUACAGAACUUUAGCUGGGCGUUCAAGUUUAUGUCUUUGAAAGAAACCGGUUUGGUUAUUUUAUAAACAUCUGGUAACGUUUGCCCCUUAUCUGACGAACAUGAUAUGUCGUACGUCAAUUUAUUAUUGCUACGUUGAUUGCAGGACAGCAAAAGCAUUUAGACCAAUAAGAAAGGUCGUUUUCAACUACGUUCUUGCUUAUAUUUAAUGAAACUUACGCUCAACUCAACGAAAAGCAUUUUUCUGUAGACUUAAGGCUCCCUCCUUUUAUUAAAUGCAAUAAGCCGCUCUGUCGCUCUGUCUUAUUUUGGCUUGAUUCUCUGUAACAACCGAUGUUAAUUAUAGUUAAUUAUCAAAAAACUAAUAAAAAGAGCGAAUUAAACUUUGUUGGAUGUCAACAAAUAAAUAAGCGUUUAAUAAACAAAUUGUGGAAAUUCCCUUCCUUUUUUGGCUUCAGACGUCAUUGGAUGGCAUACAUUUAAUAAAACAAUAAAUAUUCUACAGUGUAUAUUCAGUCUACAGUUUCUGGUGAAAGCUAGUUAUUAAUUAACGCUACUAAGGACAGGAGAAGGGCAAAAAUUGCAUGUUUGUCAUUGUUGCAGCCAUUUUUAAUUUCUUCUCUGCUUGGUAAGCACACGGACCGAAAUGUCAAGAUGAAACCCGCGGGGGGUACUCCUGGAAAUUCUUGGGGGGAGCGUGCCGCCCGGUUAUCCAAAUCCUGACCCUAUAUCAGUACAAAAAUGUCAUUUUCCACACCUGUUUUCAGACCAGACCUCUAAAAUGCAUACCCGUUUUCAGACCUGGCCUGAAGGCAAAAAUUAUGUCAUCAUUACUUAGAUUAGAGCGCAAAUAAAAAAAUUCUUCAAAUGUAUUUCGAAUUCCCAUAUUUCUAAUUCGUUCUUAUUCAUUUGGAAUUGAAACGAUAAAUACGUUCAUAAGCUCCCAUAGUUCUCUCGAAAACCAUUCCCGAUUCGACACCAAAAUGAUCAAAGUGUAUAGUACCCGUUUUCAGACCAAAAAGGUCCAAAAGCCAAUACCCUUUGGGGCGGCACACAUAUACCUAUAGUUCCAGCGAGACUUUGGAACCUUAAACUGAAAACGUCCCUGUGUUUUACAUAUUAUUUACAGAUGAUUUAUGGUUAUUUGUUUUAUUUAUUCAGGAAAUGUCAUUUUGAAAAAAAGCCGCCCUUGAAUGAUCGCCGCAGGGCCGAUAAAGGUUGGCGGUGAAACGAGCGCGUCCGAGCAGAAAGGUGUGAUGCAGUGGACUGGGACUCUGUUUACUGCCGCUUUCACUGAAUUAUGGCGGCUUGAGAAUUGAGUUAUUUUCUUACACUUUUCUUCCUCGUUCCUUUGUUCUGGUACGCUGUCUCCAAGAGGCAAAUGUUGCUAAUUUUUUGCGCGAGGUUUAGUUGGAGUAAACAAACAUCCGUUUCAAAUGGUUUCUCUGGUUACUUCCAUGACUCCACCACUGAAUUAUAUUUUCGUUAUAUUACGCCAAUGUCGAUGUUAUUCCAAAACAAAAACAACUAAAUACUGUCUAAAACACGAAGGAAAAUCUCAUCCAUGUCAUCCAUGGCAAAACUAAAAGACAGCAGAUGGUUUUUCAUAACUAGAUGAUGCAUGUAUUUUAUAAAUGCGUGCAGCUCGUGCAAAGUGUAAUCACAGGUAACCCAGGCUCUGUGAUAGUACCACAGUACGGUUCCAGUAAAAUUACAGUGUUUGUAUGGGGUAAAAAUAUCAUCCUAAAAUUUCUAGGAAAUACUAAAUAAAGAUCAAUGAAACUUACUCUGCAGUUAAUUGUUGUUGUCCUUAUUGCUCCAACGAAGUUUCGUGAUAAUUUGCAGUAAUUUGUUCAAAUUCACUCUAUCUACAAUAAUAAUAUACAAGGUAGGAAACACGAGGUGCCAUUUUCGCCGACAUGCUCUCAUUCAACACAACUUUUUCCACGAAAUUCGAACUCCAACGGAAAAUAAACAUGCCAGGAUCGUAGAAAUAGGAUAGCAGCAGAUAUAGAAACCAAUGAAGCUUUCUCAGAUAGAGAAACGAAUCCCACAGACUUGGAGUUUGUCCAAGUCUGUGGGAUUCGUUUCUCUAUCUGAGAAAGCUUCAUUGGUUUCUAUAUCUGCUGCUAUCCUAUUUCUACGAUCCUGGCAUGUUUAUUUUCCGUUGGAGUUCGAAUUUCGUGGAAAAAGUUGUGUUGAAUGAGAGCAUGUCGGCGAAAAUGGCACCUCGUGUUUCCUACCUUGUAUAUUAUUAUUGUAGAUAGAGUGAAUUUGAACAAAUUACUGCAAAUUAUCACGAAACUUCGUUGGAGCAAUAAGGACAACAACAAUUAACUGCAGAGUAAGUUUCAUUGAUCUUUAUUUAGUAUUUCCUAGAAAUUUUAGGAUGAUAUUUUUACCCCAUACAAACACUGUAAUUUUACUGGAACCGUACUGUGGUACUAUCUCUGCAGACAAUAUUUACACAUCAGUCUUUUUAUCUCAUUGUUUAUGUCCCUUUGUAAAACGCAUAAGGCCGCUGGGUUAAUGGCAUCGUUUAAAACCAACAUCGGUAUAGGAGUCGUCUCUUCAAUGAUUCUAUGUGGAAAAGAUUAACUAAUACUACAUCGCAAAUAUAUUCCACAGCAAAUUAGAAAAAAUCCUGCUACAAUCGGGCGCCAUCUUCGCGAAUGCCGAUUUGUCGUGCUUGUUAAUUUUCAAUCCUCUCAGCUGUUUUGCCACCAUUCCUACUGAUCGGUCUUGUUGGUAUACAACAAUUGCUAUUUAGAAAAUAGCUCAAAUAGGAUAGGUGACAGGCUUACUACUUAUUUGAACGUAUGGCGCCAGUGAAUGUGAUUACAGAAGUACGAGAGUCGUCACAAGGCAAAAAGAGAUCAUAUGAAAAACGCGACGACCUGCAGUUAUGCAAGUUGAAUAUUUCAAAGGCUUCGCAAAGGCGAUGUACCUAUCCAAUACCAAACUACAAACGUUCGUCAGAGGCGUAGCUAAACAGCAGUCUUAUAAAAAAUUGCCCCUAAAUAUCCCCACUGGAACCCAAUUUAACAUCGUAUAAGAACAUGUUGGGAAUAACUCCCCCAACAGAGAGAUCUGCCACUGCAACUGAAUUUAUAAACCAGUUCGUUUUGAUGCGGAGCUGUCGUCUGGCUGUAGUUGAUGAAGGGCUGUUGUACAGAAACUUUGGACCCGUCCGGUGUGCCUCGCGCGUGCUCUCUCUACUUGCUUCUAUUGAUCGUGUAGCUAGAUCUGCAGGGUUAAUAUUGGUACGGCAACGUACUUCCAUUGAUGUGAAGCUGACGAGCUACAAAUGCGUUCCACGCGGUUGCUAACAUAUACAUAGAAUCGACGGGAUUCAUUUGUGAUGUAACCCAGUAUGAAUUUGCUGUCCGAGUAGUAGGCCACCGAAUCCGGUUUCUGUUCGAGUUCUUUGUGGACAAGCCCAGUCAUCUCAACCCCCAGAACGGCUGCCCAAAGUUCUAAGCGAGGUAUUGUUGUGGCAUGGGCUGCUGUCAACUUGGCUUUCCCGAACCCAAAUGUUACUUGAACCUCGCCGGUGUUGUUGGCAAUUCUUAGGUAUAAUACUGGGCUGCUUGCCAUUUCGGAGGCAUCGCAGAAUGUAUGCAUUUCCAUGCGAGCGGAACAUUUUCACGCCUCUCUACCGUAAGAGCUGGGAAACUUAAGAAACGGUCCAGAUAAGAACGAUAGCAACAACGGCAACGAACAUGUUGGAAUGCAAAAAAGGUGCUAACUUUUCUAAUGUCUGUACUUACUUCUGAUUGGCUUAAACAGCAAACGUUAACAAAACUUCAUAAAGCAGUACAUAUAUUCAUCCUUACUUUCCAACCAUCUUCCCAAUUCCAUAUAACAAAAUCUGGACUCAGUUUGCAUUUGCUCAAUGUCGGCUACCAGAGCGACUGGAUCCUGACAAAAACGUAACAGCACCCCAAGAAGGUUGCUAGUCAGGUCAGGACCUGGCAAUAACAGCUUGUUAAGAGACACCCCGUUAGAUUCGGCAGCUGCAUCGAAGACUACAUGUAUUUUGUUCUUCUUUUUAGGGUGAUAUAAGCCGAAGUGAGGCAGGUACCAACAAAGUUUUUCUGGUCUGAGAUUUUCCUGCGGAACGAUUUCAGCAUGAUUGUGAUCGAAAAUCUUCUGCGUGACAGUAAAGUACUGUUCCUUCAUAACUGGGUUUUUAUCUAGGGUUCGACGUGUAGACUUAGGGCGUUUCAUAGCAUUCACUCGGCUACUGGGAAGAUCCUUGACAUCCUGUCGGAAGAGCAGUGGAGCUUCCCAGCUAUAAUUAUUAAUAAUCAUCAUCUUUAUUGAGGAAACUUUUUCAUAAAAGAUAUGGUUUUCAAAAAGGACCUCAAAACUAGAUAUAUAUUAUAAAAACAGAAAAAGCUAUAAAAUUGCAAAGGGAUUAAAAAGAUACAAAAAAUGCAUAAAAAAUUAAAAAUAAGUAUAAGUAAAAAUUAAACGUAAGUAGCUAUAUUAAAAACUUAAAAACAUUACGUUUAAAACUAUUUACAUUCCUUGAGUCUUUGAUCGUCUGACUGAGGGAGUUAAAAUCGGAAACGGCAUGAUAUUGUGUUCUUUGCUUCCCCCAAUUUCUUUUGACACGUGGUAAUCUAAAAUUGCCUUUGUUACGUGUAUUAUGCCUAUGAAGUACGUCUUGUCUAAUCAAGUCCAUAUCGUGAUUAAUUAGGCCAUUGAUGCAUUUGUAUACGUGUACACACCUUCUUUGAAAUCGCCUUUUCUCUAGAGGCAGCCACUUGAGAACGGCUAAUGCCUCAGUGGAGGAUCAGUACAAUGGUCUAUUUAAAAUAACUUUAGCGGCCUUAUUUUGAAAAACUUGCAAACUAGACAUAAGGGUAAUAUUAUGUUUAUCGCCCCAUACUAGAUCAGCAUAUUCAAAAAGGGGCAUAACAAGACUUUUAUAGAAAAGUAGACGCGCCCUGAAAGGCAAUAAAUCAGGCUUUAUACGCUUGAGAAGCCCAAGCCUCUGAUUGAUUUUCCCAGUUAGGUGUUCAAUAUGAUCAGUCCAUGUGAAAUCCGAAGAUAUAUGUAUACCGAGGUAUUUAAAGCUGCGAACAUUACUUAUACUAUGAUCUAAAAUUGAAACAGUCAAAUCUACUUUGCUUUCGCGUUUCAAUUCCGUUUUGUUUCAAUUUUGUUUGCUUCCGUUUUCAUUCGUUUUCGUACCAUCCUCUAUGAUCUAGGUCACAGUCUCCUCAAAGGAAGACUUCAGAAGGCUACACUCAUCCAAAGUUACUGGACAGGUUAAGAAAAGUGGAAGUUAUUGUGGAUCAGAUGAUGAAAGGUGCUUUAUAUUAAUCAAAGGGUGCCUAAGGCUAAGGGCCUGUUUACAUGGAGGUGGGGGACCCCAGGUAGGUGAGGUAACCCGCUUAGGUGGGGUAACCCGCCUGUCCAUACAAUCUCUCAUUUUCAUUUGAUCACGUUUACAUGAUAGGUGGGGUGACCCGCCAAGGCGGGUAGCUCGGUCUACCAGACCGGGUUACCCUCUCAGCCGGGGUCACAAUUUGUCAUGUAAACGUUUCAAGGUGGGGUAACCCGCCUAGCCGGGGUCGGAUUCGUGAUACAUCAAAUUCGCGCAAAAUUCACUUUCGCGGUGUCUUUGCAUUAUGAUUAAAGUUAACAAUAGAAAGCUAUUGCACUGACGGGUUGCAGCAAGAGCAACAAGUGAGUGAAAAAGUGCAUUAAUCGCCAAAACUCGUGGUUUGCCAGCAUUUUUCUUGUUUACGUGCUUAGCGACCAUUCAAUAAUCUUGAGAAAGUGCACCCCGGGAAGGCGGGGUUGUAAGAUUGCAUGUAAAGGCGGGUUAUUUUUUUACCUCACCUAAGCGGGUUACCUCACCUACCUGGGGUCCCCCACCUCCAUGUAAACAGGCCCUAAGUUGUGGAUUAUUAAUUUCUGUAUUUUAGAAAUAAAAGGUGAUAAUGAACCUGCAAUUAGUCUACCGGUAUAUUUUAAGUCUGUCCAAAAAUGAAAAUGGGGCUUUACGAAAAAAAAAAAGUCUCCAACGGUGAGAGUCGAAUCCCGGACCUCUGACGUGUAAGGUCAACGUGUUAUCUAUUGCGCCACGACAACUAAUAUUCAUUACUACUAUUACUUUCGUUAAAUUAAUCAUCUUUAACACUUUUGCCCAUGAAAUUCUGCCGGUCGACGCUGUUUGAAGCCGGUAGGGCUUUAUUUAUGAAGAAUUGAAAGAUAUAUUCGAGGAAAACAAGCAUGGUUUUGACAGUUUAAGCCAUACUUUAACUCAUUUCGUCACAUUUGAAGACCAUAUGGCCGACAAGUCUCUCGCAAAACGGUUGCGGAGUCUCUUGCACCUUGCGAUUCCUGGCGAUUACAUGAGGAGUUCUAACUAAUUAUGAUUCAACAACAGUAAAUAUUGCUGUUUUUAUUGACAAAGAAACAUUUCAUUUCAGAAUGAUAUUUCACUAAAAACCAUGAGAUUGGGAGUCUUGUUGUGAGAAAAGUUAAAAAAUCGUGAGACUCAGGGCAGAAUCGUGAGCUUGGACCAGCUUGGUAGUCGAAGAGCAAUAUAUUUUAUUGCUAAUCUUUCCAUCAUGUUUAUUGUGUGGAUGAGUCAAAAAGCUUCAAAAGUUCAUAAACUUCUGUCUCAAAGUUGGCCAUAGUGCUAAUUUGAAACAUUCAAAGUCCACAUGAAUACCAUGGUCCUGUGACUCCUCUGAGAUGUACAAAAUCAGCACAUAAUUGCGGAACGGGAACGAUCUACGACAGUUGUCAUUUUGAUGUCGGUCGCUUUCGUGCAGGGUCAACUGAUUUACGAAAGGUGUCUACAUCUGAGUGACACAUUUGCAUAUCGCAGUGCCCACAAUAACUUGUUCCUUAUGCUACGCAUAAUCCACAAGUUAAAAACUGUACAGAUAAAUGAAUUCAUUAAAUAUAUAAAUGAGUGUUAAGCUUACCCUUUCUAAUGAGCCAACCUCACCCCCUUCCCCCUUCCAGGCUUCUCCAAAAAAUUUAACCCAUUUACCACUAGAGAAGUGGUUUUCUUGUAACUGAUGUACUUUAAGGAGCUAAAACUUACCAUAAAGCCAUUUACAGGCCUUACACUUUGCAGCCUUCUAAUCCAGAUGCAAAAUUAGCUUGUGAAGUUCUGGCAUAUGCAGAAAGCAUAAUUUUACGAUAGGUUUUUUUUUUUAGUUCAGUUGCCUCUGGUGGUUUGCAUUGAUUAUGACUCUUGCAUGAAGAAAAAAAAGUUUUGAGAGAUCCUUUGUUGGCAAAAUAAAGUAGUGCAUUCAAAAUCAUUUCUUUUUUAUUCUAACUUGUUUGAUUUAAUUGCUUUUCAGAGAAUGAUAAACAGUAUCAAGUUAACUGAAUGGCAGCGUAAAGCUAGCGUAAAUUAUUGUUCACAAGAAAAGUAUGCAUUGUACAAGAGGAUUUUCAUUGUUAAGAUCAAUGUUGGCAAAAGUUCUAAUUUCAUUCCCAUGGUUAAAUAAAAUUUGCCAACUUACUACCAACUUUGACAAAAAAAUCUCUCUGUCUCUUUGGCUACAGCAUAUAACAUUUACUGGCAAUUUAGAACCUGUUAAUGCAUUAUACACUGUAGCUACAUAAGGGCAGUGUUCAUCAGCAGCCAUGUCAGGGAAUCCUUUACUUGCUUGCAGCCACAUUUUCCAGAAUUUUGCUGACCCACUGCUGACAGGUUGGGUGAUCCCUAGCGUCCGUCAAAGAUCUAAUCUAACCCUAGUUAGUAACUUCAGCAAAGCAGCACCAAUAUCUUUGUUCUGGGCCCCCAAGGGACUCAACAAAUUAUUGGAAAUGUGUUUUGCUUUCUCUUCAAACUGAUUGGGAAAUUGACAGUAACAAUUUUUUAACAGGCUAAUCAUGACACAUACUCAAAUCCUGGUACACAUAGGGAGCCCUAGAAUGAGGAUUUUGGCACUGUUUCAGAGACAGACUUAAUCAGAGGUUUAGUCUCAUCCAUGGUGCAGGCUAGGUGAUGCCAGGUUAUAAAAAGUGGAAAAAAGACUAAAAAUCAGAGCACUCAUAGUGCUAACAUGAUCUGAAGGCCCUUAGGGGUCGAUGGUGCUGGGGAUAUACAGUAUUUUUAUUUUGUUUCUGUGUCUACAGUUGAACCUUCAUUAAGCAGCCAUCCUCAAGGUACUGGCAAGUGA